AUGGAGCAGAUCACUCUCCUGAAGAGUGAGGUGCGUCGACUCGAGCGCAAUCAGGAGCGUGAGAAAUCCGUGGCCAACCUGGAGUACCUUAAAAACGUGCUGCUGCAGUUCAUCUUCCUGCGCUCCGGCAGCGAGCGGCAGGCUUUACUUCCUGUCAUUCACACCAUGCUGCAGCUGAGCCCCGAGGAGAAGAGCAAGCUGGCUGCCAUCGCUCAAGGUGAGGAGGAGUCCGCGGGCUCACGGGGGUCAGGCUGGACAUCAUAUCUGCACAGCUGGUCAGGCAUCAGAUGAGAGGAGUAACACAGCUAAACAUAUCAGCAGAUCUUCUCUGGGCUUAUGCAGCCUUGCUUUCUACUGAGUUACAACUUGUCAGUCCUGAUGGGAUCUUUUUUUUUUUAUCUGGGUUAUUGAAGAUUAUUCUGUGCUGUAAAUCAUACAUAAGAAAUGUUGGUCAUAUUUAUCAAAUUUUAAUAUAAAUUAUAUCAUUAUAUCAUUUUUCCACAAAUUGCCUAAUGGUUGUGUUGGUGUUUGUAAAUCUCAUAUCCAUGAGAGAUUUGAGGUUCAUUGAAUGAACAUUGACGUGAAGGAGUGUAAAUACUGGGUUUCAACCUCAGCUGUGUCUGUCAGUCAGAGUAUAAUCUAAUUAAACCACUUUGAAAGCU